UAUUCUGAAAGGAGUUUUCUUUCACUCGCAGAAGAAGCAGGUAAGAAAACAGCUUUUCCGCGAAAUCACAUGAGUGGAUGUGGAUGGUGAGUGAAAACAGAGAAAGAUUUCUGACUGGCCGUGCAGCAACGUCGAGUGAUCCUGGACAGUCCCCAUCUACAUUUGUUUGGGAGCAGUUCAGGCAGAAAGCAAAGUGUCUUUCCCUCAACAUCAGAUGUUACACUCGGUUGCUGAUCCGGUCUUGCUCACACAGACCAGACACGACGGAAAAUCUGGAUGCUCCGUGAAGACACACACUGGCCAUUUCAAGAUGACAAGAAUUCCCUGGGCUAAAUUACUUCAGUGAAAGGAAAUCUCACUUGACACACAAAAAACUUAACAGCCUCUGCCUUCACCAGCCACAGAAUGACCAACUCAACCACCACAGAGCCUCCAGCAGAGCCCUGCUCCAAGAACACCCUUAUAACCCAGCAGAUCAUCCCUGGGCUGUACUGCGUGGUCUUCGUGGCAGGCAUCCUCCUCAACGGAGUGUCGGGAUGGAUAUUCUUCUCUGUGCCCAGCUCCAAGAGCUUCAUCGUUUAUCUCAAGAACAUCGUUGUUGCAGACUUUCUGAUGGGCCUGACUAUCCCCUUCAAGGUCCUGGCCGAUUCGCGGCUCGGGCCCUGGCAGCUGGUUGUGUUCGUCUGCAGAGUCUCCGCGGUGAUCUUCUAUGUGAACAUGUAUGUCAGCAUCGUGUUCUUCGGGCUCAUCAGCUUUGACCGCUAUUUUAAGAUCGUGAAGCCACUUUCUACAUCCUUUAUCCAGUCCGUGAACUACAGCAAACUCCUGUCGCUCGUGAUCUGGUCGCUCACGCUCUUCCUCGCUGUCCCCAACAUCAUCCUCACCAACCAGAGAGUCAGGGAUGUGACAACACAGAUAAAAUGCAUGGAGCUAAAAAGCCAACUGGGACGCCAGUGGCACAAAGCUUCAAACUACAUCUUUGUGGGCAUCUUCUGGGUUGUGUUCCUUUUGCUAAUCAUUUUCUACACUGCUAUCACAAGGAAAAUCUUUAAGUCCCACCUGAAAUCCAGAAGGAAUUCCAUCUCAGUCAAAAAGAAAUCCAGUCGCAACAUCUUCAGCAUCGUGUUUGUGUUCUUUGUCUGCUUUGUACCUUACCACAUCGCCAGGAUCCCCUACACUAGGAGUCAGACAGAGGCUCAUUACAGCUGUCAGGCCAAAGAGAUCCUGCUCUACGUCAAAGAAUUCACUCUGCUCCUGUCUGCCGCAAAUGUAUGCCUGGACCCCAUUAUUUAUUUCUUUCUAUGCCAGCCAUUCAGAGAGAUUUUAUGUAAGAAACUGCACAUCUCACUGGUAGAUCAGAAUGAACUAGAUCCUUCCAAAACCAAAAGGGGGAAUGCAAUGCAUGAAAGCACGGACACUUUAUGAAUCCCCACCCACU